AUGGCUGAUAAUGCACCUGUCGAUGUGAUCCAGUCUCAUCAUGACGAUGAUCAGGACUCGAUAGCGGGUUCUACUUCCAAGCAUGAGCACGAGCUUGAUAUUCCACCGCAGGUAGAACCUCGGACCGAUCCCGAUGAGAAGUAUAAGCGCGACGUCCCGCCGGAUGGAGGAUAUGGCUGGGUCUGCGUUGCGUGUGUCUUUUGGAUCAAUGCGCAUACUUGGGGAAUCAACAGUAGCUACGGCGUCUUCCUCAGUUACUAUCUCUCCCACAACGUCUUCCCCAAUACAACAGCUCUCUCCUACGCCUUUACAGGCGGUCUUAGUAUUUCCUGUGCCCUGCUUGUGGCCCCAUUAGCUACAUAUCUCAUCCAAGUCUUCGGCACCCGACUCGUUGUCAACCUAGGCGUCUUUUUCGAAACGCUCUCCCUCAUCGGCUCAUCCUUCGCCACGCAAAAAUGGCACAUCUUCCUCAGUCAAGGCGUCUGUUUCGGCUGGGGCAUGGGCUUCCUCUUCGUCGGGAGCGUGGGCAUCGCUCCACAGUGGUUUCUGAAACGGCGUAGCUUUGCAAUGAGUAUCACCGCCGCUGGAUCGGGCUUCGGUGGAUUGAUGUACUCGUUAGCCGUGGGUGCCAUUAUCCCCCGCUUAGGUCUGGGCUGGGCAUUCCGGAUCCUGGGUAUCGUCUCGUGCGUGGUGAACUUGGUUUGUGGGAAUCUCCUUCGGGAUCGGAAUAAGCUUGUGGGAAGUCGUUUGACCGCGUUUCAUUUCCCGUUGCUGCGGCGGCCUGAGUUUCUUCUUUUCUUGGCUUGGGGUGUGUUCAGCAUGUUGGGAUAUGUGGCAUUGCUGUUCAGCGUGGCUAACUUUGCGCUUUCUGUCGGCUUGACGUCGCACCAGGGGAGUGUUGUUUCUGCGCUGUUGAAUCUCGGACAGGGUCUUGGCCGUCCCUUUGUCGGGAUGUUCAGUGAUCGACUGGGUCGAAUCAACAUUGCCACGUUCCUCACCUUCGUGUGUGGACUGUUUUGUCUGGUUAUUUGGAUUUUCGCCGACAGCAUGGGCGUGGUAUGCUUCUUUGCCGUGUUGGUUGGAACAGUUGCAGGAACCUACUGGGCCACUGUCUCUCCAGUUUUGGCUGAGAUCAUCGGUCUGAGAGACUUGCCUUCUGGACUGAGUAUUACUUGGCUUGCUCUCGUCGCGCCAUGUACUGUUUCUGAGGCGAUUGCCCUCGAGCUUCGCACCACCAAGAUCGGUGGGGGGAUUUCAUACCUGCAUAUCCAGAUCUUUACCGGAUUUAUGUAUAUCGGUGCUUCUCUGUGUCUCUGGCUUGUUCGGGGCUGGAAGGUGGGAGAGCUGGAGCGGGCGCAGCAGAGAAGAGAAUCUGUUGCGCGUGAAGACACUCUCACGAACACAGAGACUCCUGGUGGAGAAAAGCAGGAUCGUCCUGCAACUAUUGCAUCUACGACUGCUUAUGAUGGCGCGACCGAUACGCAGAUCUGGGCUCCUUUCAGCCUGAUGCGCAGAAUGGUUGCUCUCAAGCGUGUCUAA